UUGCUAACGUCCAAUGUCAUUUGGGCCGACAGCUUGAGCCCAGCAGGAUGGCAGCCCCAUCUAUGAAAGAAAGGCAGGUGUGCUGGGGAGCCCGGGAUGAAUACUGGAAGUGUUUAGACGAGAACACAGAGGAUGCCGCUCAGUGCAAGAAGUUAAGACGCUCAUUUGAAGCAAGUUGCCCCCAACAGUGGAUAAAAUAUUUUGAUAAAAGAAGAGACUACUUAAAAUUCAAAGAAAAAUUUGAAGCAGGACAGUUCCAGCCUUCGAAACCGACUACACAGUCCUAGGCUGCUGUCCAGCUUCUCAGCAAGGUGGAAACCUCCGACUCCAGGAGUAGUUUGAGUCAUGGUUAAACAUCGAACUUGUUCUGCAUAUAGAAAUUUUAAAAUAUUCAAGUAACAAGAUUUCAUUCAGACUAUGAAGAAUUGAAAUAAAAAGGUAUGAAAUAUGCUUAGUUUUAAUUUAGUAAGAAAUCUGUAUUUUGAGAAAAAAAAUGUAGAUUGUAGAAACGUGUACUUUUUCUUUGGCUGGAGGAUGGGUGUGAUACAGACAGACACUGAACUGCCAUUAUGGGAGUCACCCAGAAAUGACUGGAGAACUGAAAAUGCCAUCUACAAAAACUUACAGCAAGUGUCAGAAUGAGAAAAUGAAUGCUUUUUCCCAAAAGUCAGUAACAGUGUAAGGAUGGCCUCUCUCACCUCUCCUGUUCCCCACUGCAGGGGAUUCCUCAUUCACCAAGACACAGCAUACAAAUUGGGAAGGAAGAAAUAAAGCUGACCCUCUUCAGCGAUGUCGUCUCAAUGGAAAAGUGAGGGGCCAAUAAAACGCCUGAAACUACUGAGUGACCUCAGGUGGCACGCCCACGUUCCCGACAACACCGGUUUCCAGGCAAGAAAUGAUCUUUUCAAAACAAAGUACAGUUCAUUUCCACAACUGCUUAAAUAUUUUACUCACAAAACGAUACAGUUUAGCUAAAACUGUUUAUUAAAGGGGACAGACAACACAUAGUAAAAUAGUUAAGGCACAUGAAAAAGUUUUGGCAUUAAAUUGCAAGAAAAAAAUACAACUGCAGAGAGUUGAGAAUCUAUUUCGCUUGUCCAAAUAGUUUUUUGACAGACGUCUCAAUGGCACCAGUGACUCGUGUCAGAAGAGGCAGGGCCUUCCCGGCCGGGGCGGCCACACAGCCGCUGUCGCGUGUACUCCCAGACCAGCAGCGCCCCACUCACGUGCACGUUGAGGGAGCGGAUAACGCCCUGCUGCGGGAUUUCCACGCAGACGUCCAGCUGCUGGAUCAGCGCGGCCGGAAUCCCCUCACGUUCGUUUCUGAUGGAAAAUGGCAGGAGAGGCUAGUUAUUUUUGCGCUGAGCAAUUUUUUUUAUUGGAAGAGACAGAAUAACAGGUAAAUAAAAUGAACAUGAGGGGGUCUCCCCAUAAACCUUGUAAGUCAAAGGUCAAGUGCAGGUGUAACAUUAGGAGUCUAGGUACGUUGUGACAUUUCUGAAACGUUUUCUAGACUGGGAACAACCGCGGAGACUCUCCCUACCCCAGCAGCAGCAGCGACUUCUCGGGAAAGCGGUACUGUGUUAGCGCCACGCUUCUGGCCGUCUGCUCCACACCGAUGAUGGAGUAGCCCUCCGCCUUUUUCUGCUGCAGGUAAUCGGUCAGCUGAGGUGGUUUCACCUUUGUGUUCGUUUUAAAAGAACAGAAUAGUAAGUCAUUCAGUUACAGGCCUGCUUGGAGUAAAAAGUUAAAAAAAAAAAAAAACUUACUAAACUAAGCUUGUUUAAAAGUCUUUAAAAAAGGACAGAAUCACACACUAUAAA